AUGAGUGAAAUUCUGCCACUAGAAAACGAGCUUUUCGAAGACAGGCAAGUAGAAAAUGAGCAAUUUAAUAGAAUUAGUGGAUGCCCAACUGGUUGCCCUGCCACUAUAUUUCUGCGUGGUGGAGUCGAUGGAUGGUGUCGGAGAUCGAAGUAUCUGCUGCACACGGUGGAGCUGCGUUCUUCUAACUUAAACAAAAUUACCAAUCGUGCAAGUGUGAAAUGUGAAGGAGUGUCUGAGACAAUUGCUACAUUAAGUAGCGACUUCGGGUUCCGGUUGAGAGAUGGAGGAAUGCCGGAGUUCGACUGA